UCUUCCCCAAUUGUCAACUCAAAUGUAAUACGAAGAAGAGAAAAGUAAUAGAAAAGAAGCAAUUUAAUACAAGGGCUAAAGCCCAAAAUAAUAGCCCAUCUGGAAAAGAAAAAAAAAGGAAGGAGCUGGGAUUAGGGGUUGGGAGUUCUGCGUGCAGCAACUAAAAAAUAGGAAGAGAGCAAUUUGAAUAGAUAGAGAUAGAGAAGAAAGAGAGGAAGUGUGAAGCAAGGGGGAAAAUACGCGGAAAGAGAAAGAGUGAAUCUUAAAUAUUUGAAGUGAGAAGAGAAUGACGAAGAAGCGAGAAGUAGAAGAUGGUGUGUUGGCUGAGGAGGCAAAUGCAAAACGGCAGAAGGUAAUGGAUCAGUCGUCUCCCUCUCUUCCACCAGUUGCUUUCGAAAAUCCACUUCUUCCACUUGCAUCUUAUGAUGAUGAUGAAGAUGACGAGGAUGAUGGUAGGAGAGGACACAUUGCUGAGCAAGUUAUAAAUAAUGGUGGAAACAAGGAGCAGAAUGGCUACUCAUCUGACGAAGAAGAAGAUGAGGAUGAUGGUAGAAUCCAAGGGAAGCGAAAUCGUGCAAUUGAGAUUAGGAGGGACUGCCCCUAUCUUGAUACUGUGAAUAGACAGGUAUUGGAUUUUGAUUUCGAGAAAUUUUGUUCAGUCUCUCUCACAAAUUUAAAUGUGUAUGCAUGUUUAGUUUGUGGGAAGUAUUACCAAGGAAGGGGGCCGAAAUCCCAUGCAUACACACACAGUCUUGAAGCAGGACACCAUGUGUUCAUCAAUUUACGAACAGAGAAAGUUUAUUGUCUUCCUGAUGGAUAUGAAGUCAUAGAUCCAUCGCUUGAUGACAUUAUACAUGUUCUGAAUCCAAGAUUUACUCAGGAACAGGUUGAGCAACUCGAUAAGAGCCGGCAGUGGUCUAGGGCACUUGAUGGGUCUGAUUAUCUUCCUGGAACGGUUGGGCUGAAUAACAUCAAGGAGACUGAUUUUGUCAAUGUCACGAUUCAGUCUUUGAUGCGAGUAACUCCCUUGAGAAACUUCUUUCUUAUACCUGAAAAUUAUCAACACAAUAGGUCUCCUCUUGUUCAUAGAUUUGGAGAGCUUACCCGAAAGAUUUGGCACGCACGGAACUUUAAGGGACAGGUCAGUCCGCAUGAGUUCCUGCAAGCAGUUAUGAAAGCUAGUAAAAAACGUUUUCGGAUAGGUGCCCAGUCUGACCCUGUUGAAUUUAUGUCAUGGCUCCUGAAUACCCUUCACAUGGAGCUUAGAAGUUCCAAAAAAGGCAGUAGCAUAAUCCAUCGGUGCUUUCAGGGGGAAUUGGAGGUUGUGAAGGAGAUGCAUAAUAGACCUAUUGCUGAGAAGAGGGAGAAUGGGGAAGAUGGUGAACAGGAAUCUCACAACACUGGCAUGGAAACUAGUAGAAUGCCUUUCCUAAUGCUUGGACUUGAUUUGCCACCACCACCUCUUUUUACGGAUGUCAUGGAAAAGAAUAUUAUUCCCCAGGUUCCAUUAUUCAACAUACUGAAGAAGUUUGAUGGUGAGACUGUGACUGAAGUUGUAAGGCCCCGUAUAGCAAGGAUGAGAUACCGUGUAACAAAGUUGCCACGGUAUCUAAUUCUCCACAUGCGUAGGUUUACAAAGAACAAUUUCUUCAUGGAGAAAAAUCCUACACUUGUGAACUUCCCGGUGAAGAAUCUAGAGCUCAAGGAUUAUAUUCCCCUGCCAGCACCAAAGGAGAAUGAGAAACUUCGCUCAAAAUAUGAUUUGAUUGCUAAUAUCGUUCAUGAUGGUAAACCAGGCGAAGGAUCAUACAGAGUGUUUGUCCAACGAAAAUCAGAAGAACUUUGGUAUGAGAUGCAAGACCUACAUGUUUCUGAAACUCUUCCCCAGAUGGUUGCACUUUCUGAGACUUAUAUGCAGAUAUAUGAGCAGCAUCAGCAGUAAUGAACCUGACAAGUAACGUCGGAAAUAUCAACCUCUGCCUUUUCUUCUCUUCCUUUUGAAAUACCAAAUUCGACUUUUAGUUAUCUAAUGAAGAGUAUUCUACUUGUUGAAGGAUAGUGAUCUUUGCGGUUUAUUUUUCUGUUGUUAUAUGUAAAUCUCUGCUGUUUUUUUGUGUUUGCUUAAGCUUAAGAUUACUAUUGAUGGGGAGUUAUGAGAACUCCAGCUUUGGAAAUGUGCCACUUCCUUUUUUUUUUCCA